UUGAUUCGUCGUAGUAAAUAAUUUUUGUUAUCUAUGGUAAUGCGUUUCACAGGCGUUGGAAUUUGGGGUUUCGAGUAUCUUGUCCAUGAAUGGAAUGCUCAAACCUCACUGUCACUAGUGUCUGUGGCCUAAUCAGUGUCCGACAUCGUCCGGAUUGGAGAAGACAUGUCGUUCCAGAACCCGACGUUCGAUGGUGACUCCGAAGAUUUCCAGACCAAGCGCACCAACCUGUUCGCCGUGUUGGAUCAAGCCGAGAAAGAGUUGGGGUCGAAAAUCAAAAAAGUUACCACAGCUGACGCGCACGAUAUACUCAAUGGCCGAGUAGAACGCAGACAUGGUCGUUCGCUAACAAAUAAGUUCCGGGGCAAGGACAGUCUGUUCGUAAAACCCGAAAUACCGCCUUGGCGCAUUAUUGAAAAGCACCGUGCGCCAGAUUUCAAAUUGCAUCCGCAUAAAUGGACCAGAUAUUCAUUGGCUGACGUGAACGAUAUGAAUGACAAGAGUAAUGCUGCUGCUGCAUUUGCGUUUCUUAAAGAAAUGCAAACCAGGAAAUCUCAUGGUGACCAGAACGAUAACGAAGAAUCAAAGAAAAUAGUGUUCAAGAAAACGGUGAAAUCCAAAGAAUCAGAAGUUAAACCAAGUUUUCAGAGCAGUAAACUGGUUAUGCCCGAGUACGAAUUUGGAAAAAAGAUACAAAAGAAAAAAAAUCGACCUGAACGUCAGUCAGAUGGGGCUACUACCAAUAAAGAAAUUAAACUUGGACAUUUAAUGGAAGAUGAAAUUGAUGAAUAAUAUUUUGUUUUGUAUACAUUGUAAAUACUAGUUAUCUAUUUAUUUUUCGACAUAAAUUAUAUU